GUCCUUUUGUCUCCAUGUUACAGGUAUCUGCUACGACUAUGGGCUGCGUGAAGUCAACCAGAGUGUCUCUUCUCCUGUUGUGUUUUCUACUGAAUGUAGCGGAUUAUUCAAGCUUGGCCUGUGAGGGAUGCACCCCGAGACUGAACAAGUUUUUUGCUCACUAUGGGUCAAUCUACCAGUGCAUGGGUUGCUGCUUCUCUCGAGCGUACCCCACCCCUCAAUCAGCCCUGGAGACCAUGUCAGUCAAGAAGAACAUCACUUCAGAGGCAUGGUGCUGUGUUGCAAAGCACAGCUACGAGAUAGUUUUAGGAGGUGAACUAACAGUGAGAAACCACACAGCGUGUCACUGCAGCACCUGCUAUUACCAUAAGGUGAUUUGAAACGCGGACGACUUGCAGCCAUCUACUCAGCCCUGCUCUUUGGAAAUGCACAAACUUUUCUCUAUUGUGGACAUCAACA